AUGUGUCAUUUUAUAGUUAUACAGACGAUCCACCAACAAUGGAGGAUGAAUAUGAUCGGAAAACCAUACAGAUUAAGGGCGGAUGCAAGUGAUCAGAUACUAUUGAAGGCAAAUUCCGAGAGGGUGUUCGACGUCAGAAAAUACGGAGCGAAGCGGGGCAUAGACAUCAGCCAGGCGUUGAUGAAAGCAUGGAAAGACGCAAUAGCAUCAACAACGCCAAGCAAGAUCCUGAUCCCAAAAGGCCAUUGGACACUGAGCCAAGCCCACAUGGAAGGGCCCAACAAGGCCCCAAUCAACCUUGCGGUGAGAGGCACCUUGCAAGCCUACCGGAACCCGGCCCAACUCCCCGUGAAAAGCCAAGAAUGGGUGACCAUCAACUACGUGAACCACCUGACCAUCUCGGGGGGUGGCGUGCUCGACGGGCAUGGCCAGCAAGCCUGGAAGAUGAAUAACUGCAACACAAACAAGAACUGCGUGAAGCUCCCCAUCAACUUGAGCUUGAACUUCAUCAACGACUCCAUCAUCCAAGACAUCACCACCAAGGACAGCAAGAACUUCCAUGUCAACUGCAUCUCCAGUCGCAACGUCACCUUCCAGCGCUUCACUGUCUCCGCCCCAGGUAACAGCCUUAACACUGACGGCAUCCACAUCGCCCGAGGCAACCACAUCAGGGUCCUCGACUCCAUCAUCAAGACGGGAGACGACUGCGUCUCCAUGGGGGACGACCUCAACGACGUCCUCAUCAGGAACGUGCAAUGCGGGCCCGGACACGGGAUCAGCAUCGGCAGUUUGGGGAAGAACGCGCAGGAGAAGAACAUCAAAGGGAUAACCGUGCAGGGGUGCACCUUCACCGGCACCCAGAACGGGGUCAGGAUCAAGACAUGGCCCUCUGCCCCGGCCACACUCACAGUCUCCGACCUCCACUUCCUCGACCUCACCAUGGUUAAUGCUGGAAACCCAAUUGUGUUUGAUCAGAAGUACUGCCCUUGGAACCAAUGUGACUUGCGUAGGCCCUCCCUGAUUAAGAUCAGCAACGUCGAGAUCAAGAACAUCAGGGGCACUAGCACCACCCCCGACGUUCUCAGCUUCAUGUGCAGCAAAGCCAAGCCGUGCGACAACAUCAGGAUAGGGCUCAUUGAUCUCAAAUACAAUGGAAAUAAGGCCAUCACCAUAUGUGAAAACAUUAGGCCUAUCUUUUCUGCCAGACAGACUCCCCGCGUCUGCUAG